AUUUUCUUGUAACCUUGUGCGGUUUUUACUUUACAUUUUACAGUUCGCACUGUUAAUAACAGUACCGUGUUGAUGCAGGGGAGUUAAAGUCUGGCAGAUUAAUGGCUGCCUGCGUGCUGUGUCGGCGGGUGCCCAGGCUACGCUACCUCUCAGGCUUCAGAAAGGAAUUCACCCAGGCUCAGCAUGCGCCUGUCAAACAACAGGAUGAGACUGAUGAUCAUGAGGGAGAGAAAGAAGUAUUGCAACACCAGGAACCCUCUCCCCAAGGAGAAUACAGGCUGUAUUACAACCCCUCCUCAUACCAACACUUGGCAUGGAACUCUGUAACCUCUGGGAGCCAAACAGAUAAUGACGAGGACGAUCAGUGUCUCUCCACUCUUGCACCUUCCUUCUGGCAACAGAGCAAUCGCUACAGUGUGAGUUGCUCGAGGCGUCUCUCCAGCUCAAAAAACACACUUCUUAAAUUAGCUUUUGACAAAGACUCUGAACGUGAGAUGCCAUCAGUGUCAUCGUACAACAGAAAACCCACACCGCCAGAAGUUAAAGUAGAUACCCGCGCCUUCAUGAAAUGUCGGCCAGAGUACGCCUCCAUGACCCCUGACUUCAGCCAGCAGCUUCACCCAAUCGAAUGGGAAGAGGCUCUGAUGGUGCUCAAAAAGGUGGCUGUCUUAAAAGGCAGCAUGAAACCAUCAGAUGUGUCUGAGUUUCUUGUGAAGCUGAGUUGCUUGCACCAGGACAAGAUGUCACUAUUGAGGAGCGACCAGCGCUUUGUCAUACUGCUUCGAUAUUCUGUGGAACACCUUCGCUUCUUGACUCAGCCUCAGCUGCUGGAGGUGCUGCAGUCCUUUGUGUGGCUGGGUUUGCCAUCUAACCACACUGUACUCGGGCUUUAUGAGGCGGAGCUGAGCCGCCGGGCCAACCACAUGAGUUUGCACCAGUUGCUGUUAGCUGCUGACUUGUGGCGCAACAUUGGAAGGCAGGUACCCCAGUUCUUACAGCACCUCUAUGACACAGUCCGUCUAAAUCUGGGACAGAUUGGGGUCCCUGAGCUGGUGCAACUGUUGUAUAUAAUAGGAGAAGGGAGGCAGUGCCCAACAGACCUGAUUCAUCCUGUAGAGAAGCUUCUCAUAUGUCAUUUACAGCAGCUGUACCCCGAGGAGGUCGGUGCUGUAUGCUUGGGGCUCUUUAAAUCCCAGACUUCAGUAUCUGAGGAAGCAGUGACUCAAAUAGUUGAUAAGGCACACUCUUUUGUGAAGGAGAUGAGCGACUUUGCCAUGGUGAAUGUGCUGAAAUUUCUGCGUUUCAGUUAUCUGCUCCACAAGCCGUGGCUGCAGGCCAUAGCAGAGGAAGUUCCUCGACGGGCCCAUAGGAUUAGUGUCCAGGGGCUGAUGCAUGUGGCACUUACCUGUUCAGCGCUGCAUUACCACGAUGAGAACAUCCUAAAGGCCAUUGCUGAGAGAGUUCCCUCUCUGGCGCCAUACUGUAGGAGUAAAGACUCUUGCAAACUGCUGUGGGCCUUCGGCACAUUAGGGUUUCCUCCAGUCAAGAGCCCAAGCUUCUAUCCGAGCCUCAUAGAGGCGCUUAACAACAGGAAGGCUGAAUUCCAGCGAUACCCAGAGCAUCUGCUUACUGGUCUUCUAGGCCUGGCCUUUGUCUCUAAAUUCCCAGAGGACCUAAUUACAUUAGCUUUGAGUCCUGAAUUUGUCAACUUAGCAACGAAAAGCACACAGCUGGAGCUGAAAAAAGACUUGUUCACAUUAGAUGAAACCGUGGCUCUGGAGUUGCCUCAUUGGAGUGGCCCGCGGCUGAGCAGUGAACUCAAAGAGGAGGUGGUGGAAAUGCUGUGGAAGUUAGCUCAGUCAACCGUGUGCCAGAAACCAGAGGUUCAAGAGGCAGAAUCUGCUCUGCAGGAUCUGCUCGGAGGAGAGGAGUUUGUUUGUAAGAGAAUGAUUCUCCCCCACACUCGCUCCAUCGACCUGGAAGUACAUUUGGACUCCAACGGACAGCCGAUACCUGUGAACCCAACACCCCACACCGUCACGCCGUCUCCAAAUAACAGUACAACCAGAUUUCCUUCUCAUCAGGGUUGGAGAAGACUGAAUUUAGAAGUAACCUUAACGGACAAUCUUUUGGCACAGCUAAUCAAUACCAAAAACACCACAGAACCUUUAACCUCACCUCCCACAUUUAAGCCUACGUCUCCUCGCAGAGUAAAGCAUGAGGAGGGUGGGAGACUGUUUGACACAGGGCUGGACCUGACAAGUGACAUUAUAGAAACUCUUGCCAAACCCAGCAUUAUGGGCUCAGCCCCUCAGAACACCAAAGGCACAGUCAAACUUGCUAUCCAAGUUUCCAGCAGGAACCACUACUGCUACCACUCACAGCAGUUGUUGGGCCUUCAUGUCUUGAAGAGGAGGCAUUUGAAGUUGGCAGGCUACACAGUUGUAGAGCUUAGCCAUCAGGAGUGGUUCUCCAUGCUGAGAAAAAGUAGGACUGAGAAGCUGGCAUACCUGCACUGCAAAAUCUACGACAGUCUGCCAUGAUUCUCUGACCUUCAACAGCAAACUGGGACUGCAAACUAUGUUGGCACUCUUAAGUUUGUUAUGAGUUAUGUGCAAAGCACAGAAAAUGUCUUAUUAAGAAGAGGAACAGACGUUUAUCCAAACCCACUAUUGAUUGUUGUACAUGUUUAGUUCAAAAUGCAUUUCUUAUGUUUUAUUUUGUCAAAACAGACAAGACUUUUUUUGUGAAAAUAAUGCAAAUUAAAAAAAUGAAUCACCUCACUGUCCUGAUCAUGGUUUUCAUAUGAUUUCAUUGCAUACAUUUGGUUUAUUGAUAUGUAUUUUAUUUUACUCAAUUUACUCGAAUUUAAGUCUUCCUGCAAUAAUGUGCUAAUGCCAGGGUUCCCACAGUCAUGGAAAACCUGGGAAAUUC